AUUUUUUCAGGUAAGGAGGGUGGAGCCGUGGCGGUGGAGGGAAAAUAGGAGGGAAAACGCGCGGGAAGGAUGCCGGUGGCGAGACCAGAGUCAUCGGAAGCCAGGGUAAUUGCUCACAUUGACAUGGAUUGCUUUUACGUACAAGUUGAGCAGCGUAAACAGCCAACUUUAAGAGGGCAUCCUACUGCAGUGGUACAGUACAACUCUUGGAAAGGAGGGGGUCUUAUUGCUGUGGGUUAUGAAGCUCGUAAAUAUGGGGUCAAACGCUCAAUGCGAGGUCAUGAAGCAAAAAAGGUUUGUCCUGAUAUUCAGCUCGUGCAAGUUCCUGUGGCUCGUGGUAAAGCAGAUUUGAGUAUUUACCGUAAUGCUGGCUCAGAGGUUGUAUCUAUCCUCUCCUGCAAGGGUCGAUGUGAGCGUGCUUCUAUAGAUGAAGUGUAUCUGGAUCUUACUGAAGCUGCAGAAGCAUUGUUAGCAGAAAAUCCUCUAGAGAGAUUGGACGGAAUUAGUGAAGAAGCUCUUAAAUCUCAUGUGUUGGGGCUUGAUUUGGGUGGUGCCAACCCUCAAGAAUGUGUGAGCGAAUGGUUCCUUAGGAGUAAUGCCAGUCAUCGUGAUAAAUUGCUGGUCUGUGGUGCCCUUAUUGUCGCAGAACUUAGACUUGAAGUUUUGAAAGAGACUGAAUUCACAUGUUCAGCUGGCAUCGCUCAUAACAAGCCAUUUGUAAUUCGCGGUCUAAUUAGACAACAUCUUGCUUCGAGCAUAGGAGUUGCUAAAAGUCAAAUUCAGGAAAAAGAACUGAUUGUGUGGAUGCUGGCAAAAUUAGCUAGUGGAAUGAAUAAGCCUGCUCAACAAACCAUUGUUCCCUCCUCAUCAGUUAAAAAAUUGCUCGAGACUCUUCCCGUAAAGAAAAUGAAACAGCUUGGGGGUAAGCUGGGAACCUCCUUGCAAACUGAACUAUCAGUGAACACUGUUGGGGAUCUCUUGAAGUUUUCAGAGGAGAAGCUGCAAGAGCGCUAUGGCGUAAAUACUGGUACUUGGCUGUGGAACACUGCUAGGGGAAUCUGUGGGGAAGAGGUUGAGGGUCGCCUUCUUCCGAAGAGUCAUGGUUCUGGGAAGACAUUUCCUGGACCUCAAGCUCUGAAAACAAUUUCUUGUGUUCAGAAGUGGCUUUAUGACCUUUGUGAAGAACUGAAUGAACGCCUUCUUAAUGAUCUUGAACAGAAUAAACGCAUUGCUCGCACUCUUACUCUGCAUGCAAAUGCUUACAAGCCAUCGAAAGCUCUUAUUUUUCGAUUUAAGGAAGCUGAAAGCUCUUUGUUUUAUUCCUUCCUCCCGCUGUUUAUAUCAUCUCUGUGUAAAGAACUUACUAAUGGACUUGCAAGGAUACAUUUCUUGAAUGAUUCAGAGUCACUUAAAAAGUUUCCUUCGAAGUCUUGUCCCUUAAGGUAUGGGAUCACCAAGAUUCAGGAAGAUGCCCUGAGUCUAUUUCAUGCUGGAUUGCGGGAAUUUGCUGGGGUAUACAACAUUAGAACAAAGGAGGGCAAGCAGCAUGACUGGGCAAUAACUGGUCUCUCCAUCUCAGCCAGCAAAAUAGAUGUGAUUCCAUUUUAUAAAUUUAUCCCAAUAUUCUCUAAAAUGCUUUGGCAGGGGACAUGCUCUAUCACAAAGUACUUCCAUAGACAACACCAUAAUGUGUCCACCUCUAGAAAUGAAUCAGAUGACACAUGUGCCCAAGAUGCUGCAUCUUUAUCAUCCUCAGGUAAAGAGAGCUGUUCUGGAUUAUGUUCGGCUGACCCACAUAUAGAUGUUUUUGAGGAUGAAAUUAGGGAUAAGCAUGGCAUGCCGAGUUUGUAUCCAAAUGGACAUGAAAUGGAAGUUUGUGAGGCAAGGACACCCGCAGAAGUUGCUAACAACACUAACCAAACUUUUCAGGGAGGACUCAUAGAUGAAACUUCAUCUUCAUACACAGGUACUGAAGUUGGCUUGGGAUUAAAACUAUUGCCGCCAAAGAUGGAUGCUUUUGGACCUAGCAUGAAAUUAGGAAAACAAAAAGGCAAGCCUGAAAGGGAAAAGGGAAGUUCUGUGGUAUCCUAUAGAGUACCAUACGGUACAGGGAAUUCGACUAUCUUGAGGUUUUUCCACAGUCAUGAGGAGCAUCUGCAUUCCAAAACUUUUCAAGAGAGUGGAGCAUCAGCCUCUGGUAAGUUGCUUCAAGAAAACCAGCAGCCAGUGACUGGAAACUCGGGACAAUACGACCCCACAAGUGAUGCAUGGAGUUACAAAAGUGACGAGAUUGACCCUGCUGUCUUGAAUGAAUUACCACCUGAAAUCCAAGCGGAAGUUUGCGCCUCUCUUCAGACACAGAAGCGGGCUAAGACCACGAAAAAGGGUUCGAGUAUUGUUCACUAUUUCUCACCAACCCCAAACUCGUAAAUUUAUUGCAAAUUAAGAAUCAUCUUUUAUGAGGAGAACAAAAGUUGAGGUUUUUAUUGUUGUUCUUCAGUCCAACUGUCCAGGAUUGAAUUAACACUUUGAUGUCUGGGAGUUGGCAUCACUCGACACUCGGUCGUGCAACAGAAAAAGGCAGCUGUGUUUGUGAAUUUUUUCUUGUAGACAAAAUAUAUAAUUAGUGUGUAAAUAUUUCGCUUUUCAAAUGUAGUUAGCUUGUUGCUUUCUCCUUAUCAUUUACUCUUUUAUGAUAAUUGUUGUUGAACCUCUUAAGUUACUAGG